GCACUCCAGCCUGGGCGACAGAGCAAGACUCUAUCUCAAAAUGGUUAUACCUUUGAGCUAACCCCUUAGAGAUUUUAUGAGCUUCAGCACUUUAACAAGUACUAAGUUCUCUAUUAGUCUUUUGAAAGAAUGUUUCUCCAUUACACAAUUCUGACCUGAUCUCUUCCUGUGAUAUUUUUUGAAUAUAAGCAAAGCAGAUUGUCAUUAGAAAAUAGCACAGUUGGCUGGGCACAGUGGCUCCCGCCUAUAAUCCCAACAGUUUGAGAGGCCAAGGCAGAAAGAUUGCUUGAGCCCAAGAGUUUGAGCCUAGAUAUUGUAUUAUUGCAAAUACAGUAUCUAAUUGUAUUUGUAGUAAUACCCAAAGGUGUGUUUUGAGCCAUUUUCUCUGCCUGCCCAGGCCGUGUGCAUCCCUCCCCAACAGCUAUUCUUAGAGUAUCCUCUGCAUUUACAAGGCUGUGAAUCAUAUGUAUUUUCCUGGCUAAAUCCGGUUUCUUUUCUAUGUUGUUGUUAUGCCACAAUAGUUUGAUUUUCUGUUUGAAUUCUAGGACAGCUGUGGGAAGAGGCCAAGCUUGGCUGUAUAUUGCACUCAUGCAAAAGAAACUGGCAGAUUAUCUGAAAGUACUUAUAGACAAUAAACAUCUCUUAAGUGAGUUCUAUGAGCCUGAGGCUUUAAUGAUGGAGGAAGAAGGGAUGGUGAUUGUCGGUCUGCUGGUGGGACUCAAUGUUCUCGAUGCCAAUCUCUGCCUAAAAGGAGAAGACUUGGAUUCUCAGAGGGACUCAGUGCUUCGGGCAAGGGAAUACACCCCGAAGGAAGCCUUCUUGUACCAAUCCUCAGAUGAGGAGGAGCCACCACAGUGGAAGGUGGCCUCAGGAGUCUUAGAGAAUGGUAGCUCUGAGGACAGCUUUCCUGAAACCAGUGAUGACAAAGACUCUGCCAGUAGCGGAGACACUCCAGCUGCUGGAGCAGAUAUGGAAGAGUCCAAGAGUGCAGACGACCAUCAGCAUAUGCCAACAAGUCCUCUCCAGGCACCUGUGGAAAAGGCAAUAGAGACAAAGCCUGAACGGGCAGAAGAAAUGGCACCCGGCGAGUUCAAGGAGGAUGAGGAUGCUGAGGAGCCUCACCUGACCUGUUGUGGCCUUUGUCUGUUAUGCUGGAAAUCCCUACAGGCAAGUGAAGGAUGCCCAGAGAACAUCCUCCAGGGAACACACCCUCUCCAUAGCAGCCCAUGAGCCUGCUGGGCUGAGCCCUCCACAGGCUGCUCUAAUGAGGGAGAGGCUGAGGUGCUGGUCAGACUAACACGUGCAGGAUUCCAAGGCCAUGCACCGUGUUCUUGUCUGCAGUGCCACUGAAUCUCAUUUGAGAGGACCCAGUUCUGCCCUCCCAGCCCCGCAAAGCCCACAGGGAGCAUCACCAGUUCAUCAUGAGCAGACAUUGGGGUUGACCAUGAACCCCCAUGUUUCAUGCCUCCUGGGAAAGUUGUGAGAGAGAGGGAGGCACCCCCGGGCUUUGCCAUGCCGGCAAGCAGCCCACCCACUCAACACUGGACACCUGCGGGCACUCAGUAGGUCCUGGCAUCAAGUAGGCGAAAAUCCAGGAUCCAGGACCCCCUGGGGUGUGCCCAGUCCCAGCAACCCCUCAGCCUCCAUGGAGCCCUGGGGCCUGGGGUGGCCUCCUGGCCCCAUUUCUCAAGAUGAGGUUGGUGGCUUCUGUGUGUAGACAGCACUGGCUUAGGCAUCAGUGGUUCUGUGUCUGUGUCCUAUGCCAACAAAAGAAACCCCUGAAGACAAGUCAGGGCUGUGGUCACUUGGGAAGAGUUGAGGAGCACGAUUCAGGGAGCCACUGUUUGAAAUGUAUUUUACUAUUCAAAAUUAACAUAUACAUAUGAAUGUGUGUUUUAUACAUACAUAUAUAUAUAUAAAAUAUUAUACAUUAUACACACACACCCUGUUUUUUAUUCUUUAAAAAGUAGUGUUUUCUGUAAUCCUUUUAUGUUGGAAUGUAUUACGUGGGAAAUGUGUGUUUUGCCAAAGCAUAAUGAUUUCCUAAACGAAAAUGCAGAUAGGGUUGGUGGGGUGUUAGAAGGACCAAGACUUCUUAGGCAGUAACAAUGACGUGCUCCAGGAAGCUGCACACAUUUAACGUGCAGUUCUUCUGUCUGGACAGCAUGGAGAGUCUGCGGGGAGGGGCAGGUCACCACCUUGCCCUGUGUCAUCAGACCUCCUGCUCCUCCCAGGGCCCGAGGGGAUGGGACUCUGCCUGUUGAUCUUUGAGCCACACCCUCCCUCUGCAUCUGUUUCAGUAUCAGUGGUCCAGCCCCUUGAAGGUGCCUGUGUGCGUGCCUCAGUUCAGUGUCUCCUGCAAGACAUUUAUAGACACACUCUGUGCACAGGUAACCCCCUCACAGAGAGCAGCGCGCAGGCCUCAGAGCCCUGUGGAUGGACUCUGGGGAGACCGGGAGCCCAAGGUCACCUUCCAGAGCCCAAGGAGCCCUCUGAGGCCUGCACACCCACCCCAUGGAGCCCCUCCUCCCUCCACCUCUGUGCCCCCCAGUGACCCUCACACGUCUGUCUGUGUUGCAUAUUUUUCGAAAAUCUGGAAGGGCCAAAACGCAAGACCUCACCAUUGACCCAGUGACCAUCUGGAUCGUGAGAGUUUCUGGGAUUGCACUACACUCUCUGGACUUUUGUAUUCUCUCAUUUGAUUUUUUUUAAAAAGUAUUCUUACUUCAGGCCAGGCAUGGUGGCUCAUGCCUGUAAUCCCAGCACUUUGGGAGGCUAAGGCAGGCAUAUCGCUAGUC